UCUAAGACAAUAUAUGGAAAUACAUCUGAAAAAAAAAAUUAAGUUUGAAUAUUUUUCAAAGAAAUGGUUUGUUAUGUCAGUGAAUACGGAUUUAGAAAAUAUCAAUGAUGAUGAAAUCCUUGACAUAAUUUUUGAGCAAGAAUGUCGUGAAUUUGCAAUUAAAUAUAGAAAAAAAAUCUUGCAAAUUAAAAAAAAGCCUUUACCAGAUUUUCUUGACGCUGAAGCUCUAAAUAAGGGUGAAUGCGACAUUCCAAAUUGGCUGAAUGUGUUCUGGAAAACGGCAUUGAGUGGAACUAAAGUAGAGACCGAAAGAAUCGAAAGAUUAACCGCGUGCUUGGCAUCCGAUUCGAUUUAUUCCAUUACCAAAGGUAAUAUAAAGCCUCGUAAACAAAUUAUUUUUGGUAUGUCAAUGAAAAGUCUUACUGGCAAUGUAAAGGUAAUGGAAAUAUUAAAUAGGUGCGGUUAUUCAAUCAGCUAUUCAGGUUUAGCGGAAUUAGAAUCUUCUGCAGCUUACUCGUGCAUUGCGAAUGGACAAACGUGUCCUUCGGGCAUAAUUCCGACUUCUUCCUUAGCAUGUGGAGUCGCUUGGGAUAAUUAUGAUAGAUUCGUUGAAACACAAUCAGGCAAAAAUACACUUCAUGAUACAGUUGGAAUCGCUUAUCAGGAUAUUCCUGCAGCUAACCAUUUGAUUGCUCAGGAAUCCCAUAACAGCUCAAACGUUCAGGAACAAAAUUUAGCACUGAAUCUUCGAAAUAAAAGUAAUCGAAGAAAAAGAUCUUUUGAGUCGUUUGAAACUGAAAAUUUACCACCAACGAAACAAAAACGUCCUGAAUUUAUCUCAAAUAAUAAAGAAUCUGCGAGCACUAAUCCAACUACUACUGUAAGUUUAGAAUCUACGAACACUGAUCCACCUACUAGUAACGAAGAAUUAUUUAUAAAUGAAGAUAAUACCCAAGGCGUAGAAACAUCUUCAACUUCAGAUAACGAAAAGUGCGUUUUACUUUUCAAACAAAUAAACUUUUGUUGGAUUUUUUCCCACAAACUUCAUCUACAGAAUGUACCUAUGUGGGUAGGAUACAAUGCAAAGAUUUCUAACGAUAAUUCAACUAUUCAAAAAAUAGAUUAUUUGACCCAAAUCAAUGAUUCUCCUACAGAUCCACGAGUCAUAAAAGAAACAAUGCGUCUUAGCUUAAAAAUUGCUUCUGAGUGUGGAAAAAAAUACUUCAAUGUUACUUAUGAUUUGGCCAUUGCUAAAAUAGCUUUAAAAAUUCAAUCAGCUGAAGAAGAAUUCAAAAAUCUAUUUAUUCAUUUAGGAUCAUUUCACAUUAUGCUAUCGUUUUUUAAAGCUGUAGGCAAAUUCAUUAAUGGAUGUGGUUUAACAAACAUGCUUGUUGAUGCCGAAGUUUUAGCGAAUGGAUCUAUAAAUACAUUUCUUACUGGUAAACAUUUUAAUCGCUGCUGUAAAAUUCAUCCAAUAAUUUCACUUGCACUUCAACUAUUGCACGUAGAAUUUUUUUUAGAAAAUAAACAGUAUGAUUUAGAAACAAUUAAAACCUACUUAAAACAUUACUCAGAAAAUGAAAAUGAAAAUCCAGUGAUAAAUAAUGAAUUAUGUCACAAAAUUUUUGAAGAUUAUGCACAAUUUAAGAAAGAUACUUUACAAGGGAACCAUGGAAAGACACCUCAAAUUUUUAUGAUGUACAUACAAUUGAUAGAUUAUUACCUAAUGCUUGAAUUUAGUAUCCGAACUGCUAAUUUUGACAUUUACAAAUAUGUCUUGGAAAAAAUGACAAACAUUUUUUUCGCUUUCAAUCAUCAAAAUUAUGCCAGAUACUUAACCAUAUAUUUAAACAAAUUAGAAAAGAUUGAAGAAACUCAUCCUGGUUUGAUACAAGAGUACGGAGAUUGCUUCUUUGGCAUAAGAAGGACCACAAAGCCAUUUUCAAGAAACCCCAUCGACAUAACACUAGAACAGACUAUAAAUGCACAUGCUGCUUCUAGAUCAUCAGGCAUUAUAAAUAUGACAAAUUCUGUGGGUGCUCGGCAAAAAUGGGCUAUUACCCAUUCACUGCGUACUAACAUGAUUUCGAAAUUAAUGGAUUUCUGCAAUUUGUAUUCAAAGGAUGAUAUAACCAAAGAUUUAAGGAAAUCUUCUAUCUGUCACAGCAAUAAAAAUGUUGAAAAUUUGUUAACUAUAAUACAGCAAUGUACGAAUCCUUUUUCAAGCAAUUUAUCUCAAGAGAAUUUGUACAAUAUAUCUUCAGGGCAAUCAGUAUCUGAAGAUAUUUACACAUUCUUAUCUAAUAUUGAAACUACAGGAGAGCUGCAACGAAUUAAAUUUAUUACUGAAUCUCAAAUAGACCCAGAAAGGUUUGACAAGGCUAUUUUAAAAAACACUGUUGUUAAUUUUGCUUCAAAAUGUGUCAAAAAAGUAAAAAUUAAUGGAAAAGUCAAAGAAGUUACCAUUCAAAGAGACAUUUUUGGAAGAUUAUUGUAUGCGUCGCUGCAAAGCCAUAUAGAUCUAAAAGAAGCGUUGAAAUAUCCGCUGACGCCUAUUCCAUUUUCUUUAUGCCACUCUGACGGAUCUAUUUGUAAAACCCAAAAAUCAGUGAUUUUCGAGGAGUUGAAGUCAUAUCAGGAAGAGAAUGGCAAUCCUCCGAAAGCCGAUAUCCAUAUCUACGAUGGCUUCUAUUUGCUCCACACAUUGAAAAAUGUACCUAAUACAUACGGGAAAAUUUCAAUGUAUAUUUUUAAGCUGUUGGUAUCAGAUAAAAAAGAAGUCCACAUUAUAUUUGACAAAUUCAACGAUCCAAGUAUAAAAGAUUAUGAACACCGCCAAAGAGGAGAGGAUGAUACCGUUCAUAGCGUGCAUAAAAACAAUAAGCGACCCUCUGAUUUUGGGAAACUGUUAAGAAGUAAAAAUUUCAAAGAAAGUUUCGUUGAAUUUUUAAUCGAUGAUUGGACUGAUGAUUGUUUUGUUAUUUUAUGCCAAGAUAAAAUAGUCAAGUUAAGUUAUGGAACUUCCUGUUACUCUUACCAAGUACAUGAAAAUCAUAUUAAAAAAACUACAGAUUACAACUUAUGUUGCUUUCACGAAGAAGCAGAUACCAAGAUUAUGUACCACAUAUGCCAACUGCCUAAUAAUUACAACGUUGAAGUCCAUUGCACUGACUCGGAUAUACCAGUAAUUAUUCUUGCAAAUAUGAAAUAUUUAAAAGCAGAUAUUCAAAUUACGGUAAAUAUGUGUUCGAACAAAAAAAGAGAGUAUUUGAAUAUGAAUAAAAUUUACCAAGGAUUAGGUGACAAAUUAGCAAGAGCCCUAACCGUUUGUCACAUAUUUACGGGUAAUGAUUUUAAUCCAGCUUUUUACAGAAAAGGGAAAAAAAGACCAUUUGCCAUACUAAAAAAAAAACAAUCGUAUCAAGAUGCUUUUAUGCAGCUACUAGAAACGGUGCCGAAAUAUUUGGAUACAGAACACGAAGUAUUUAAAUCUAUUGAAGAGUAUGUAUGCCAAAUAUAUAGUUUAAAUACAAAAAAUGAUAUCGAUAAAGGCAGAUUCGAAGUAUUUGAAAGAAAAUAUAAAAAUAAAAAUGAAAAUGACAAAAUUUGGAGAAAAAACCUAAAAGGGUUCGACGCAUCAAAUCUUCCACCAACCAAAAAAGAGUUAUUGCAACAUAUAAAACGAACCAUUUAUAUCAGUAACGUGUGGUGCAAUGCUCACCUGAGGCGACCUACAGACCUUGAUAUUCAAGAGUGCGGGUGGUUAAAUAUCGAUGGCAGCUUUGAGUUUUUUUGGUUCGAUGGCGAGCAGUGUCCCACAUUCCGAGAGAUAGCUGCUCAUUCAGUUUCCACUUCUGAUGAUCAGGAUGAGGGGGAGCCGUCUUCCGAUGAGAGUGAAGAUGAACAAAAUUUGUACCUAUCUGAAGAUUCAGAAUUUGAAGAUAACGAUAAUUAAUCAACAAUUUAUGUAUUUUUAAGAAUUAUUUGUUACAUAAUAUUUGAUGUUUUUUUCAUUGUAUAUGUAUACAAGAAUAAAAAAACUGCUAAACGCCGUAAAAAUGAGUGGCGCAUACAAUAUUCCAGCUACAAAUGAACUGAUAUAAAUAUUACGUGGCGCAAGAAUGUAUUUUCAUUUUGAUCGAAAAUAAAAUUCUAGUUUUAUUUUAAAAGAUGUUUCCAUAAUCAUGCUCAUUUGUAGCUGGAAUAUUGUAUGCGCCACUUAUUUUUACAGCGUUUAGCAAUUUUUUUAUUCUUGUAUCAGGAGUUUUUCAAAGUUAUUUAUAAAUUAAAUGUAUGA